GUUGCUCGAGAGCCACCCAAGAGCUGUCAAUUUUCUUCCCAGAGUUUCCUAUGGAAAUCUUUAAUUCUUGUAAAGGAUCCGCCGGGUGAGGCGUUCAUUUCGUAACAUCGUAAUUCCUGCGAAAAAGUAAGGGGUAUGAGGAAGGAUGAGCUGGUUCGACGCCUCGGGUUUCGCCAGUCUGGCCAAGUCAGCACUGAAGGAGGCACAGAAGACGAUAGACAAGGCACUGGACAUUAAAGAGGAGGAACAGAGAAUAGGGCAAAGCCCAUCGAGUGACAAUUUAGAUUUCUUUGCAACUUGGGGUUUAAAAACCGAGGGCGGACAAGAAGAGACGCCUUCUUCGCACAAGCAUCAACAGAGUAUAUGGGGAAGUUUUACAGGGUCUUUCUUUGAGAAUCCAAAGUCAGGAGAUGAAGAGACGCAAAGAAGCAUCAAACACUCUGCCUCACUGCAGGAAUCGUUCACCGAUGCCUCAAAAGGUCUCCAAGAAAUAUCUUCGUCUUCGCUGCCGGAAAGUCCCAUUAGGCAGAACGUGGAUGAGAGCUUGUCGAAGGAAGACUCAAAGCUAUCCAGUGAGUCCGUGGCUUCCAGGGAGAGCUUCGACUCUCCACUUGGCAGCUUGAGAAAGGAUGUUAUCUCGGAGACGUCUAGUGGGGACUACGACAGACCUAAUGAUGCAUCGGAUGAGCUAUCUGGCAGUGAUUCGAUCAAAGAAGCUAAAAGUAUUUCCAUUGAUAAGGAUGAGGAACAUUUCAAUUCCAUGGAGAAAGAUGAUUCCUUAAGUAAGGUGAUGGACAUCGAUGGGGAGAAUAAUCGCCAAACUAAUCAAGAGGACUCAAGCUCUAGUGGGGACAAAAAAUCAGUGAAUGUAACGAGAAGAGAGCUAGGUAUCAGUCAUUCGGUCAACCGAGUAUCCAUCGUAUCCAGUGGCAGCGACAAGAAGAGCUCCGACAGCCUAGAAAUUCUUGGAUCCCACUCGAGUACUGACACCGAUUGCACUACCACACCGGAAUCUGAUGCCAACUCCGUAAGCAUCACAGCAAGUACUUCAGUGACGGGUCCAAAAGUCACCUCCGAAUCCGUCGAGAUCCUGCCUGACAGUUCAGUGACAUCUCCGAGUUCCGUCGAGGUUUUGGGUGACUGGAAAAGCGAGGGAAGCCCAUUUCUCUCUCCAGUGGAGCAAUAUCGUUCAGAACCUUCUCCGGUAGGUUCAGACCGAGGAGAGUCCGUCACCCCGUACGCUGAGGAGCAGGAAAGUUCCACAUUGGAAUUCUUCGGAGGACUCGCAGUCCACUCCUGCUCCAGUGUCUCUCCCUUCGAAUCGCCAGGCAAGGAUGCAAACGCUUCCCACCUUUUCCCAGGCACCGACAGCUCUGCCGAAGAGUCCUCGAUCUCCAUACUCACUCCAGAGGAUCCUACAAAAAGAUUACCAACCGAAGAGAAGAGUUCAAAAACCUCGCCAGAAAGCAUCGAGGUUAUUCCAGACGCUGUCGAUGAGUCCGACGAAGUCAGCCUCGCUGAGGACUCCUAUACAUCAGCUUCGGAGUGCACCGUCAUAACUGUCAUGGAGACUUUCCAUCACAUGGAGCAAGCAAAGACCAAGAUCGAACACGUGGACAGAAGUCCUAGGACCUACGACACUUGUCCUGAAAAUGUUCAAUCCCCUCACAUACCUGCAAUGGGCAGUUCGUCGGAAAACCCUCUGAGUGCCAGCCUCGAUUCACUUAAGGAGAAGCAUGGCAUGCAUCUUCCUCUAGAACCCAUCACCACCCAACCGAUUCGCAAAGUGGAACACCUGGAGGCAGCUGCAAAGCCUCCUGAGAUAGACCCCUUCGAACGUCUGAAGAGCUCCACCAUCGAGCCUGAUGACAGUUUCCAGGAAUCCGAGCAGCCUGUCAAACCUGACCCUCCGGAGUGCUCUGAUCAGUACCCCAUGCUUACCGACUCCAGCUGCGAAGGGACUCUCAUCGAAAGCAGCUCCGAAGAAAAUGCUGGACUUCUCUGUUCGGUGGAACCCAGUCUCGUCGAAACUACUCUGACAACCAGCUCUUAUGUGAAAACCAUGCUAGCCGACGCAAUGGUCGAGAAGGGGGAAGCCGUCGACCUGGAGAGACAUGCAGACGUGCCCAGAGAGAACUCACCGAUCUCUUCCGAAAGUCGUUCAGAUCUAGUAAAGAUAGGAUCAGACCAUACGAGUGGCCACACCAGUGGUGACGAGCUGGAGACAACGACGUCGAGUGACAUCGAGAUCAUAUCCAGGUACAGCCCCAAUGGGGACUCCAGCUCUACGCAGUCUCGCCAGAGUCCGGCGAAGCUGCACCUGCAGAAAGGCGGAGAUCUUCUGACGAAAACUCUAAACAAGACCAGGGGACACUCCCGAGAACUCAGCGAGAUCAGCCUGGAGUCCGACGACACGAAUCUCGAGAUAGAGAAAUUAUUGAAACGGAUUCAAGAGAUGACGGAAAUUCUGGAAGCCAGAGAGUCGAAGCUGAUCGACGUCAGCCGGGCUAACAUGGAGCUGCUCGAGCAGAACAAUAUGCUGAAAAGGCAAAUGGAUAAUUUCGAGAAGAGCGCCGAGCAGAGUCAAGACUUGUCUCAGAUCACCGAUGAAUAUACUCAGAGAUUGUCAGCUUUGGAAAGGAAGUUCCAACAGGCGAUCCGCGAACGGGACACCCUCAGGAAGAACCUGGAACAACUCAGGCAGGAAACGGCGAGUAGAUUAUCCUCGCAGAUGUCGAUCAUGAAUGCAGAGAAGGACGAGAUAAUUCGCGAGCUGAGAGAAGAGGGAGAGAAGCUCAGCAAGCAGCAGCUUCAACAUAGUAACAUUAUUAAAAAACUGCGACUGAAGGAGAAGGAGAACGACGCUACGAUAAAGAAUCAGAAGGAACAGAUCGAAGAACAGGCUUCGGAGCUGGAGAGACUGAAGCGAUCUCUUCACGCCAAGGAAGAGGUGGAGAGGAGUCAAAUUGUAGCGGUGCACACGUUGACUGCUAAAACUAAGAAACAGGAGAAGGAGAUCCUGAGUCUUCAAGAGAGGCUUGACAAUGCUCAACAUAAGAUGGAGGCUUACAAAAGAAGCCUGGACGCUGCCAAAGUGGAGCUGGCUGACACUAAACAGAAUCUUACAAUCGCUGAGGAAGAGCUCAAAGAAGCGAUCGAGAAUGCUGGAGAAUCUUGCCAGCUGGCUGCACAGGUGGAAGCCCUAAAGUCGAAGCUCCGACAAGCUGAAGAGUCUCAUGUCAAGAGAGAGGAAUCGUUAAAGCAAGAGAAUACGGAACUGAUGAAACGCCUAGAGACUGCAGAGGCUAGAUGCGAAGAGCUCUCGGAGUCAGUGUCGACUUCUACGAAACCUCUACUCCGACAGCUGGAACAACUUCAGGCAAACUUAUCACACAAAUCGAAUAGCUUUAUGAAGCAAGAGAAGGCCAUGUCGGAAAGGAUCAUCGAGCUCCAGACCAAGCUGGAGAACUUGGUGGAAGUCGAUCGGUUUCUCAAGGAGGAGAAUCUUAACCUCAAAAGCAAGAUGUCAGCCUUCGAGGCAAGAAUCAACUCUAAAGAAAAUGAGAAAGUGAGGCUGGAAGGUUUAUACGAGCAGAUGAAGCAGGAGUACGAGAAGCUCGCCGAGGAGAAGAAAAUGCAUCGACAGAUCAUAGAAUCGCUGGAACAAACUCACGCCAGUAAAAUAAAGGAGCUUAAAAGGGAAAUAAACUCUCUGGAGAACAAGCUCUCCAUAGAAAAGGCAGCAACUGAUGCAGAGAAGAGGAAGAAUCAUGCAAUGUUGGAACAGCACCAAAGCCUCGACGAGGAGUUACGACUCAGUCCUACUCUAAGCAUCGGAAGAGACUCCGUUGGCAGUACGAACAGUGUGUGGCCCACUUUCAACGACUCGAUGUUCGAGAGCAGCUCCGGAAGGUUUCCUAACGUCUACGAGAGCAUAAGGUCUGGUUCUAACAGUACCUCAAUGUUCGAAAGCUUACAGGCGCAGCUAAAGCAACGAGACGGUGAAGUGCAGCAAAUGCAGUGGGAGCUUUCGAGAAGAAACAUUGAAAGAGAUGCUCUAAACAGUGAAUUGUCAACGUUGACACAGAAAGUCGAAGACCUUAGUUCAAAGGUCAGCGAAGCAGAGACUUUGAAAGAGAGUCUCAACGAGAUCCAGACCAGGUACGAUGCACUGCUACAAAUGUAUGGAGAGAAGGUUGAAGAAAAUCAAGAGCUACGACUCGACCUGGAGGAUGUCAAAGACAUGUACAAAACGCAGAUUGACCAGCUGCUGAAAAGAGACACCUGAAGAUCCCCAGAGGGGAUCUAAAGCUUCCAGGAUAUUAAAUAUCCUGAAGGUUCGAUCUUUCGAAGAGACUAGUGAGUUGUUCCGAGAUCAAUAGAAGGCUUGAUCUAAAAGUGGAUCACGUUAAAGGAUUCAAAGUGAUAUCUUUAAGGUACGAUCUAAUUUAUCUGUCAGAGAGGCAAGGCUCUUGAUUUAAAUCCUUUCAAAUAAUUAAUUAAAUUGUGCACUCUGUGCUUCAUCCUUUGA